UCAAUGCAUGUACACCAUCAGUAAUUGCAUACCAUAAUGAGAAAGCUGUAACCACGAUGAUGGUAUUAAAUUAUACAAUCGUGCAAUCUACCAAGUCGUUCACUUAAAGCAUUGUCAGUGAUGUGAAAGGACAUGAGGUCCUGCUUCUCCACGAUCCGUUCCCUGUUGCUAGUGGUGUAUUCUUUGGUUCUUUUGGUUCAGCUGUUACUCUGGCCAUCUUGUGAGGACGACAACAGUUUUUCAUUGGCUGAUGAUUUCGAAGAUGACUAUAUCCUCCCAAACAUGCCAACCAACCCACUGGACCCGCCUAUGUGGAGUGUGGACUCUUCAGCAGGACAGUGUGGCAACUGGCAGAAACAGUACACGAAGAUACACAGAGCUAUUGCAUCAGGAGAUAUGCCUCCAUCCUAUUUUGUGUACACCACUGGGAAUGGUUUUCCUCCAAUCAUUGAGAGUGUGCCUCAUGCAUUGAAAGGAAUUGGGACUGCUUUCAUGCUUGCCUUACUAACAGACAGAGCAUUUAUUCUGGACUGGAAAGCCCCAGCUGGGUUUGACAGACUCGUUGUGCCACGCUACAUCAACUGGAAGCCCAACGAUAUCUUUAACAAUCAUCCUACUAUCACUGACCAUGUACACAAUAUAGGUAGCACUCAAUGGGUAAAAAAUCAAAAUGGAAGCGUUGAUUGGUACAUCAACACAAACUUUGAUGAGUAUUUUACUCAUGAGUUCGAAACUAUCCAAUCGUUGAGUUACGACUUCACCUACGCAAUUCUUCGUAAUAAGCACUACAGACACAAAAUCAGAAAUCUGGGUCUUCACACAGCAAAGUGCAGACUAUGUUGCAUAUGGCAUUACUUAUUCAAAACAUCGACACUCUUCAAUCACAACCUAGCAAUUUACACAAAAAACAAGCUGCGAGUACCACCAAAAAGUGACUUUAUAUUCAUAGACCUCUCAUUUCAACAGAAAAAUUUACCACAGCGACUGAUAAUGCAGUACUCUAGUGAUGUAAUAAAGUGUGCUGAGAGAGUCUCGAGACAGCUUAAGAACACUGUCUGGCUGAUUGCUUCCAACACGUACAGUAUUCUGGACAGUAUACCUCAAUCUCACCCGAAGAUUAAGAGGGAUUUUGGUGUGUUUUACAGUGAUGAUCGAUACCUCACUGACUUGCAAAGAGAGCAAAACUCCACCACGGCACAACACAGCUUCAUUAUACCAAGAACUGAGCAAAAUGCUCUGAUGUACUAUUUCAUAGGGAUGUACUUGGAAAUGGAGAGUACUAUACUCAUCACCAGUAAACACUCCCUAUACUCAGAGAUGACGGCUGCUGUGAGACACUUUUACUACCAAAGCGGGAAAUACCUAGUGACGAAGGAUAGUGGUUGCCAUCUACAUCGGUAUAGGGCUACCUAACUAUUAUGUUAAUAAACUAGUAUGCCUCUACAAUCCUGUUUCUAUAUAUUUAUGCAUGCAUGACAUUGUGCUUAUUAUUGUAGAUAGUCAUAAAACUACCUGUUCAGGUGAGAUGAAAGUUUAAAGUUUG